AUGUAUGACGUCAUAAUAGAAUGGGCUAAAUUGUAUUACAAUAGCAAGGAAUAUUGCCAUGCCUACGUGUUUUGUAUAUCACUUCAUUUUGGAAGGAGACAAACAGUCAUGUCUAAAUUGCUGGUAAUUCUCGCAUUGGCCGUUUGCGCCUUUGUUGCUGUCAAAGCAGAUAAAUGUAGCCAGCUACAAGCCAUGAAGGUGAAAACACAAUGGGGAGAAAUCUACGCCGAUGAUUCCGAAAACAGAGCUCCUGUCUGUGUCGCCAUUUUCAGAGCCCUCUUCAAAAAAGAUCCAGCAACUAAACCACUUUUCUCCCGAGUGGGAUCAGAUGAUACCAAUUCACCAAUCUUCAAAGCCCACUGCCUACGUCUACUAGGUGGACUCGAUAUGACCAUCUCCCUGCUCGACACUCCAACUGUCUUGGAACAGACCCUCAUCCACCUCAACGAACAGCACUUGGCUCGACCUGGCGUCAAACGCAUCUAUUUUGAUGCAAUGGGUAACGUUUUGGACGAGAUUCUCACCCUUGUCUACCCACCUUAUGACCGUAAUGCAUGGGCGCCAUGUUGGUCAACAAUCGUAGAUGGCAUCUCCAAGGGACUUCCUUAAACCCGACAUGUACACGAAGAAACAAUGAACGCAUGCGCUAGGACUAUAUCAGAAUUUUCUACAGGGUGCUAGGAUACAGACGAAUAAAGAUUUUGUUCCAUUUCUUAACGAAACACAUGGUGGAUACCAUAACGUGGUACAUAAAGAUGCGUGAAGAUAUGCCCGUUUAGAUCAGAGACUUAUGAUAAAUUCCGAGAGCAUGCGUAUUCAAACACUUAACAACGAACAAUCUCGCGUGUAUACUUUCCUCAACGUAAAGUAUAGCUGCCCCAACAUUGAUAUUCGCUCAAAAGUUAUAUUUUACAUUGUAAGCGUAUAUAUUUAUGACAUUUUGAUGAUUCUAUGGGUAGUUUUUUUAUUACUCCACAAGUGGAUCAGGCCUGAAAUCCACGUGUGGAGCGACUCAAAAUAAACCACAACCCAUGUAAUUUAAUAAUAUAGGGAAUAAAGAUAAUGAAAUUACAAUGGAAA